AUGGCUUUACCGACACCUACGAACGACCCUCAACUCUCCAUAAUUGGCAUUGGUGUUCAGUAUCCUCCGUCUUCGCUGGCUCCCGUUGAGCUAAGCAAGCUUGCGAAGAAACAUUACCCAGAUUCACCUUCAAUGAGCAAAGUCCUUGCGAUCAACGAACAAACGGGCAUCUUGAGACGAUCUUCGGUCGUGACUGUUGAUCAUCCUCUCUUGAACCAAGCGACUCCGGCGACAAUCGAUCGACUGCACAAGUUUUAUAUGUCCCGCGGGGUCCCCUUAGCUGUCACAGCGGCCCGAAAAGCCGUCGCCGAAGCAAGAAUACGGCCCUCAGACAUCACACAUAUCGUCUCGACAACAUGCACUAACAGUGCCAAUCCCGGAUACGACCACGCUGUUUCUAACGAACUGGGUUUAGUGAGUUCCGUAGAAAAGAUCCUCUUACACGGCGUAGGCUGCUCAGGAGGGCUAGCAGCCCUACGGACGGCGGCAAACCUCGCACUAGCCCACAGCUUCAGGUCGAAGCCUGCUAGGAUCCUCUGCGUGGCACUCGAAGUAAAUACGACACUCGCCAGGAGCGAGCUCGAAAGCAUUCACAACAACCAGGAAGCGCGCAUCGGGGUAUGCCUCUUCUCGGACGGGGCAAGCGCGGUGAUCUUGAGCAACGGCCUCGGCGGACCAAUCCCGUUUCAGAACCCUGUGUACAGCUUGCUCGAUUGGCAUCAUGAACUCAUCCCUAACUCCCAGCAGGAACUUGGUUUCGACGUCGAUCCAAUGGGCUGGAAGGUGACCCUGUCUCCGGCAGUACCAGCUCUGGCGGUGACUGCACUGCAGUCGAGUCUCGAUCUGCUGCUUAGCCGAGCCUCUACAUAUCUGCCCUCUCAGUACAAGGAGGCAUCAGAUUUCGACUGGGCGAUCCACCCCGGUGGCGCAAAGAUUCUAGUUGGAGCGCAGAAGGCCUUGUCUCUGUCGCCAGAACACAUGCGCGCCAGCUAUGACAUCUACCAGAACCACGGCAACUCGAGCUCGGCGACCAUUUUCAGUAUCCUCGACCGGCAUCGGCACGCGGAUAUGGAUCAGAUUACCCCUGACGGACGAGUGCGCGAGCACGUCGUCAGCUGCGCAUUCGGACCGGGCAUCACUAUUGAGACGUGCAUCCUCAAGCGGCACGGGGUUGCAAUCUCAAGCAGUGGCAUACCAACGCCACCAGAUUCCAAGUCCGGAAUUGAUUUCAGUGAUAGGGAUGAGGACCUUGAACUCUUUCGAACAAGCUCAAGCCUCGGCGGGAAGCGAAGUAACUGGUGCAUAAGUCCUUGGCGGACUGUGCGUAGUGAUGAUGCCAUAAAUCCAAGGUUCACGUCUCCUUAUUCUUUCCGGCCCCCUCCACAACUCCGAACUUCUUCCAAUUGGAAACAAAAGAUUAUGUUGCUCUUUGGUAAAUGCCGGUCAAUAUUCAGAGGCGAAACCAGGUUGCCACGUGGAAUGACUGGGAUGAAGGGUUCUGACACACGCUGGAUUGGGUGA